CAUCCUUCUUCUUCCUCCUCUCUCUCUCUCUCCCUCUUUCCCCCCGCUCCAAUUCUAGGGUCUCAAAUUCACAUUCGGAUCUCUACCAUCAGAUCUUAAACCCUAGACUAAAGCACUCAAACCCUCGAUCUCCAUUUUGGGUCUUUCCUAUCGAGGAUUAAAGGAAUCUAAAAUCACCAUUUUCUGGGUCUCUUCCGAUUUGAUUUUCUCGAAAUUUGUGGCUUCUUUUGAUAAAUCUUCGAGGGUAUUUUUUCUGGGUUCGUUUCGAGGUAGUAAUUGACUCGCCAUGGGUGAACACGACGAUGUUUCUGGAGGGUUUUCGUCGAUUCCCAGAUCCGACUUAAAGAUCGGAGGCAAUGAAUUGGAUGGAAAACAUGAGUUGAAUAAAAUUCGACGUGUUAACUCAAUUCUAAAUUCAGGUAACACUGGUCAUGCUUCUAAAGGCAUUGAAAACGCGAAUGAAAUAUCUCAGGCUGGUCGAGCUUCGCAGAGUUUUGUUAAAGAAGGAAUGAUUCAUAAGACUGAGCUGUUGUUGGGUCAAGAGGUGAAGCCUUCUUCCAGUAAAGCUGGUCUUCUUAACACAGAUGUUGAUUGUGAAAAAGGAGCUUUGGUUAAGAGAAAUGACGCUGAAAGUGUAGCACAGAAAAGAAGCGGACUUUCAGUUUCCAGUUGCUUAAAUGAUGAUUUAUCAUCGGUUUGCUCCUCCAGGAGACGCGAUAAAUCUAGUUCAACGGAUGUGUAUUCCGAGUGUGGAAGUUCGAAUGUUCCUGUUGAGGAAAAAGAUCCAAUGAAGCUGUGGAAAGCAAUGAAACAGAAUGGGUUUCUUUCUAAUCCUCACGGUGGGAUUUCAGUAACAUCAAGCAGCUGUGUCGUCUCAUCUUCUCAUGGAGGGAUCCCGGCUCCAAGGAAACGUGGUCGCAAAAGCAGGAAUAAUGAUGCUGCAACGGUGAAGAAGAGAAAGAUAGAGGUUGCAAGGAAGGAAGAAGUUGACAGGUUUGCCAGGCUCGGUGCUCCUAGUGGACUGCUCAAUGAAUUGAACCCUGGAAUUAUAAAUCAUGUGAGAAACAAAAAGCAAGUAUUGUCCAUUAUUGAAAGCAUUGUCAAGUCUGAUAAAGAUUCUGGAAACUUCUACCACCCCUCGAUGAGGCAUAGUAAAACCGCAGUUGGGGGUUCCAGGAGGAACUUGGCAGAUGUGAACACUGAUGCCUCUAGAUCCGAUUUUAGCCAAGGAUUCAAGUAUGCCAUGCCGGAAGAUAACUACUCUAUGCGCUACUACGAGGAGAAAUGCACAGAUGGUGGUGAGUUAACGGAAAAUGCAAGUUCCUUGUCGAGCGAGGACACAGCAGAUCUCAACUGUGCUAGUGUACUCACUGUUAAAGCGGCUACAGUAGCUUCUCAAUGGUUGGAAUUGCUUCAUCAGGACAUUAAAGGCCGUGUUUCCGCUCUUCGGCGUAGCAAGAAGAGGGUUCGUGCAGUUGUCACGACAGAGCUACCUUUCUUGAUAAGGAAAGAAUUCCCAGCUGAUCAAGAAAAUGACCCAAACUUACUUCUCAAUGGGGCUUCGAGGGCUUCAACAGUCGAUAUCCACAAGACAAGAUGGAUAGCGCUGUUUAAUCAACUCGAACAAACGCUAUCAGAAGAAGAGAAACAAUUGGAAAGCUGGUUAAACCAAGUAAGAGAGCUGCAGUCACAUUGUGAUCGAGGUUUGCAACACUUGAGCUUGAGUUCUGGUCAGAACUUCUUACAGUUAGGAAUGCCAUUGUACUCUAGAGCUUCAGAUGCGCUGAUCACAGAUAAGGAUUUAGUCGUUAGAGCAGCCGCAGCCUCCAUAUACUCGACCUGCAAUUUUCUAGCAUCAAAGGAGAACAUAACCUGUACCUGAACUCCUUGAAACUUCUCACCAGUAUCUGAUUUAAGCUUUUUAGUCGAAAACGUUUUCUCAGUUACUCUAGUGUAAACUUUCAUAGCAGAGCUUUUCCUUUGUAUGUGCAUCUGUAAUACUAGGAGCGAUGAUCAUCAGCUUUUUCUUUUCUUCUUCUAUAGGCUCAUUUUUCUCUGCAAUUUUGUUUUACAAUAAGAACCUUGCUUUGCUGAAUUAAUUAUGUACUGUGUAAUGAUUCGAAUAUGUUUUAGCUAUUAGAAGUCUGGACCUUGUCCUAGGCUAAUUCCC